CAGGGAAGACCACCUGACAUAGGAAACUGGGGACGCUAUACAGAGAGUGAGCUGCAAAGCACCCUCAGUACAGUAGGAACCCUAAUCCAAAGUCCUAUUCUUAUAUCAGAGUGUGCAACAGAGGAACGUGGCUUAAGAAACUAAUCACAGCCAAGUGCCUAUGCUUUGUUCCACUGGCUGCGGAUUUUAUGGAAACCCUCGUACAAAUGGCAUGUGUUCAGUAUGCUAUAAAGAACAUCUUCAAAGACAGAACAGUAGUAAUGGCAGAAUAAGCCCACCUGCAACUUCUGUCAGUAGUCUGUCUGAAUCUUUACCAGUUCAGUGCACAGAGGGCAGUGUCCCAGAAGCUCAGUCGACGCUAGACUCUACAUCUUCAUGUAUGCAGCCAAGCCCUGUAUCAAAUCAGUCACUUUUAUCAGGAUCUGUAGCAUCUUCCCAAGUGGACAGUACCUCUGUGGAUAAAGCAGUACCUGAAACAGAAGAUCUGCAAGCUUCAGUAUCUGAUACUGCACAGCAGCUAUCUGAAGAGCAAAGCAAGUCUCUUGAAAAACCAAAACAAAAAAAGAAUCUCUGUUUCAUGUGCAGGAAGAAAGUGGGACUUACUGGGUUUGAAUGCCGAUGUGGAAAUGUUUACUGUGGUGUACACCAUUACUCAGACGUACACAAUUGCUCUUACAAUUACAAAGCUGAUGCUGCUGAGAAAAUCAGAAAAGAAAAUCCAGUAGUUGUUGGUGAAAAGAUCCAGAAGAUUUGAACUCCUGCUGGAAUACAAAAUCCUUUGACCAUCUGCAAACUAAAAAUUGACUUGACUUUUUUUUUCCUAGUCAUUGGGAAUGUAGAGCAAUGUAUCUUGCAUAGACCUUUUAAUCAUGCAUGUCAUCAGAAGAAUAGAUUUUUGUUUUUGUUUUGAAAAUGACUCUGAACAUUUAUUCCCAUUGCAGUUUCUGUGGCUCAAAAGACUUAAACUUGACAAGUAUUAUCCUUUUAAGAUCAUUUUAAUUUUAGUUGAGUGCAGAAGGCUUCUAUAACAAAUGUGGAGAAAUUUUGGAGGGCUGUGAUUUUUUCCAGUAUUAAACAUGCAUGCAUUAAUCUUGCAGUUUAUUUCCUCAUUGUGUAUAUAGAGAGAGCUUUUCUCUAGAGCACAAUUUCUCUUUUUGAUAAUUCCCUUUAGGGCACAACUAGCUAUCAGUAACUGAAUGUAUCUUAAUCAUUAUGGCUGCUUCUUUUUUUUCAUUAACAAAGGUUAUUCAUAUGUUAGCAUAUAGUUUCUUUGCAUCCAUUCUUUAUUUAUGUCUGAAUCAUUUGUCACAGGAGAGUGUGUGCUGAUGAGAUUCUAAGUUUGUGUGUUUUAAAAAAAAAUUUUUUUUGCAUGAGGGAAGAAAAAGCUAUAUGCAUUUCAGUGCUGACUGCAGAUUUCUUUCAGAUUACGUUCAUGGUCUGUGUGUAUACAAUAUGAAGAAUGAUCUGAAGUAAUUGUGCUGUGUUUAUGUUUAUCCACCAAUCUUUGAUUAAAUAAAAAGCAAAACCAGAAAAAAAAAAA